AUGUCGUCUAAUAAUCGCAAGAAGCUGCUGCUUAUGGGCCGCUCUGGAGCGGGAAAGUCUUCUAUGCGUUCUAUUAUUUUUUCUAAUUACUCAGCUUUCGACACACGGCGCUUAGGGGCUACAAUUGACGUUGAGCAUUCCCACCUUAGAUUCCUGGGGAACCUUACUUUGAAUUUAUGGGAUUGUGGAGGGCAGGAUGUGUUUAUGGAGAACUACUUUACGCAGCAGAAGGAUCAUAUAUUUCAAAUGGUGCAAGUGUUAAUACAUGUAUUUGACGUGGAGUCGCAAGAAGUGCGAAGGGAUAUAGACAUAUUUAUGAGGGCUUUGAAGCAAUUGAAGAGGUAUAGCCCGGGUGCUAAGAUUUUCGUAUUGUUGCAUAAGAUGGAUUUGGUACAACUUGACAAGAGACACGAGCUAUUUGAACUGAUGAUUAGUAAAUUACAAGAGACAUCUGAGAUAUAUGGGUUCCCUGAUUUAGUAGGGUUCCCUACUAGUAUAUGGGACGAAAGUCUAUACAAAGCGUGGUCGCAAAUUGUCUGCUCGCUAAUUCCCAAUAUGGAUCUUUAUCAGUCUAACCUAAAAAAUCUAAAGGAAGUCAUGGAUGCUAGAGAAAUUAUCCUUUUCGAAAAGGCGACUUUCUUGGUGGUUUGUUCUAGCAAUACGUCAACUGGAAAGUCGCUCGAUCCCAAAAGGUUUGAGAUAAUUAGCAAUGUCAUGAAGAACUUUAAGCAAAGCAGCAUGAAGCUUAAAAGCUCGUUUAGGACCCUUGUGUUAAACGAUAAAAUAUAUGUCAGCGAAUUGUCACCGGAUAUGAUGUGUUUUAUUGUAUUGAAUAAAAGUGAGGAUCCGCAAGACUUGAUACUAGAGAACAUAAAGAAAGCAAGGGUAUAUUUCCAGUAG